AUGAUACGGUUCUUUCUAACCGCGUUUUGCAUCCUCAACUCUUUCGAACCCACCAACUCGGCUUUCAUCCCGCUUACCAAGAAGUUUUUGGACAAACUCAAAAACGAGACGCUCUAUAACAAAUUUGCGACACCGACACAGUAUGAUGAUGUGCCAACAAAUGUCACGCUUUCGAUGUUCAUUGAAGGAAUGAGCUCAUUUAGUGCUCAAACUAUGGAUUACCACCUGGACGUUUAUUUCCAAGAAGAAUGGUAUGAUCAUCGUCUGGCUCAUAAUAACACCGCUCCAAUUCUUGUCCGAGACCUGGAAGUUUUCAAAAUGAUGUGGCACCCGGAUGUUUAUUUUGCAAACGCUAGAUCGGCAGCUUUCCAGGACAUCACGGACGACAAUUUUCUUGUAUGGGUCUAUCCGAAUGGACGCGUUUGGUAUGACGCGAGAAUCUCGAUUGUCAGCUCUUGCAACAUGGAUCUUUGGAAAUAUCCACUGGAUUCUCAAGAGUGUGCGCUCCGGAUUCUCUCGUACGCCUAUCCAAUGACAGUUCUACGUUUGCUCUGGUCGGAAAAGGAAGACGUGCCUGCCAUCGAUCGUAAUCCGGAUAUCACCAUGCCGGAUAUGUCGCUGAAACACAUCCGAACCGGAUACUGCAACGGAACAUAUGCAACUGGCGAGUGGAGUUGCAUGACGGCGAUAUUCUACGUGGAACGGGAAAUGAUGCAUCACGUCAUGCAAACAUAUGUCCCGACCGCGUUGAUCGUCGUCAUUUCGUGGUUCAAUUUCUGGCUGGAAAUUGAUUCGGCACCGGCGAGAGUGUCGUUAAGUAUUACCACACUUUUGACGAUAUCAACGCAAGCUAAUGCGGUGAAGCUUGCAUUGCCAGAAGUCAGCUACAUGAAGGCUAUAGAUGUUUGGAUGGGAUCGUGCAUGGCGUUCGUGUUCGGAGUCAUGAUUGAAUUCACCAUCUGUCACUACGCCAAAACCUUGGAGAAGGAGAAAGACAGACAAGCUCGAGAAGCCGAACUCCGAGGAGGACCACCACUUGUCGUCGACACCCUAUCGACACUAUUUGGAGCCGUCCACGACAUUGACGAUUUGGUGCGGAAAGUGGCCACGCUUAACGAAGACGAGGAGCUUCGUGGAGACGGUGAGCAGCACAUUGCACUAAACAUGCUCAACCCUGAAGAGCCACGUUUGCGGUCGUUGCAUCCAACCACCAAUGAUAUUACGACAAACGGAACCAGAUACUUCAUGGGAGCUGAACGACUAAAGCGCAAGCGGUCCAAGACUUCGAUAACCCGACUUCGCCAACAGGUAGCCAGUAUGCGUCAUGCCACCGCCGAUGUUUCCCGUCGCGCGUUCAAAUGGACUCGUGCCGUUCGAAAACUCCACGGUCACCGCGUCGCUACAAAAAUCGACGAGCGAUGUCGUAUCGUGUUUCCGAUGGUGUUCAUCCUGUUCAACAUCGCCUACUGGAGCUUCUAUCUUGUAUUCAAUUGA